AUGUCUCUUCAGCGGGCGUUGCCCAUCAUCACGUCCGGACACUCGCCUGGGUCGGGAAGCACAACGAUGAGUGUCUGGCUGCUCCCCAAAAGUGAAGCCACUUGGCUGCUUGAGCGCUACACAGAAUACAUAGCAUUUGUACAUCAUGUUGUGCACGUACCAUCCGCUCGCCUUAUCCUGGAGGAUGCGUACAAACAACUGUCGCUCGGAUUGAACGUUGUGCCGGGCCACGUCGCCCUCCUAUUGAGCAUCUUUGCCAGCACCGCAUACAUGCUGGAGCCAAAGACUGCCGACUCAUUCUUUCUCAAUCAAGCAAACGCUAUAAGUUGUGCUACUAUCUGGACGAAAGCGGCUCUCGAUUUGCUGGAAUACUCCCGUCGCAAUACUCAAGGCUCGAUAGAAGAUGUCCAGGCAACAAUUAUUCUGUCCUUCAUUAUCUUUAAUAUGGAAGGGUUUUCACCGAGGUUCCGUGCAACGAGCAGUAGCGCACUGAUACUGGCAAAAGACUUGUCGCUUCAUCGUAUCGAUGCAGACCUUUCUAAAAGGAAAGAAAGCCCUGUGCAGAUGGAGAUUACUAGACGGAUAUGGUGGCAUAUGGUUGCGACGGACUGGCUUCUGUCAUUAUCAGGUGGACCCCAGGCCGGAACAUACUCAAUACAUCCUAAGCACAUGUGCGUGAACUAUCCGCGUAACGUUGAUGAUGUGGAUCUAGAGCAUCCCGACCCGGGGUACAGCCUCCCAUUAUCGCAGCCAACGGCAAUGACCUACUAUAUACUGCGAAUCAAGCUGGCAGAGAUUUCUCGUACCAUAACAGAUACACUGCCACUCUCGCCCUCAGACUGGCCGACGGUGAACUACGACACCGUCAUGUCACUGGACCGGAAAUUCGAUGACUUCGUCCGGGAUCUUCCCAUAUUCUUUCGCCAUGAUCAAGCAAGUCGCCAACAGAGCCGCGAUGUUGAUCGUCGCUAUCCUCAAACCGUUUUCCAGCGAUACAUCAUAGCCAGCAGCUUGUAUUCCUGUCGAGCCAAACUGAAUCAGCCGUUCCUUACUCGUACAUCGAUAGAUGGGCGAUACGCCUACUCCAGAAAUGUCUGUCUGCAAUGCGCUCGAAGUGUUAUCAACAUGAACAAAUCAAUCCGACAGGAUACCGGCCUGCUGUCAUCUGUACACGUGCGACUGGCUACCUUUCUCUGGACCUUCUUCUUGGCCACCACUGUCCUCGUUAUGGAUUUAUGUAUCAAUACCGAUGACGACAACGAAGGUCGGCGACAGGAGGUUAUGGAGGCAUGUGGUGUGUUGAAAGAGGCCGAGGAGACAUCUCCAGUCGCUGGUCGGUUUUUGAAGUCACUCAUCGAUAUCCUCCACAAGUACCAUAUCCAGGUCUCGCCAGCAGUUGUUCCGCGACCUGUGCCACCGGGAAGCUACUCACAUCCGAGCCCGGCUAGCAUGUAUCCAACGGCACCAAGUACGAUAGAUGGGCAUGCCAUGUGGCCCACUAACCUUGAAGGCAUGAGCGAUUUGGAUGGGAUGUGGCAAAGCUUCACCGACCUUGGAGACUCUGACGUUGUCACCAACUGGGACGAUCUAUUUUCUGCCCUCGAUGCUAGGACUCUGUAG